AUGGCCGAUCCAUCCUCCUCCUCCUCCUCCACCCAGCCCAUCCUCGGCAUCCUCCCUGCAGGCCAGCCGUUAAUAACCCAGCCGACAUCCCAGCCCUCCCCGACGUCCUUCCUCUACGCCGUCCCCUCCCGCGGCGGUGCCGGGUCCGGCCACAGCCACUUCUCCCACGUCGCCGUCUUCCUGCUCCCGGGCAUCACGCUUCCCCCAAACACCGCCGCCGCCAUAUACCUCGCCCUCAACCCGGCCGCCCUCGUCAGCGGCACCGAGGCUCCCAACUUCAAGUUCCUCGGCGGCGUGGGACCCGGCAAGGAGAGCGCCGUCUUCAAGCUCAACGCCGACACCUUGCCCACGGCCCCCGCGCCCGCCUCCCAGCCGGGCCAGCCCGCGGCCGAGGUGGUCGUGCUGGGCGUCAACGUCGAGGACGCCGGCAGCGUGGCCGAGAGGAUGCAGCAGGAGAAGGCCAACAGCAGCACCAGCAGCAACGGCCUCGCGUCCACGAGGCCGGGGGACUCGGCGGCGCAGCAGCCGUCGGCGCAGGAGCUCGCCCAGCGGAUAAUACAGAACGCGUACAACUUCUUGUCGAGCUUCAGCGGGCAGGCCGGAGAGGUUGAGGUCGUCCCCCUCAAGGCCUUCCAGGAGUGGUGGAAGAAGUUUGAAGGCAAGGUUCGCAGUGAUCCAACAUUUCUGGAGCGGCCACAGGAUUAG